AUGGCAGUUGAGUUCUUCGAGAAAGGAGAAAACCGAGACAGAAAUCUUGACGUUGAAGAUGAUGACAAUGAGGAUUUCCUACACUUCAGUCAUCAUCAUCGUUUAGCUGCUAAAAAUUAUCGUCAGGAGGUUAAGGAUGACACAAUACUUACUUGUCAGGGUUGCAUUCAACCCAUCACUCAAGACUUCUACAGCUGCAGCAGUAAACAAGAAGAAGAGUCUUGCCGCCAUUUCUAUCUCCACAAAAUAUGUGCUCGGUUACGAAGAAAGCUACUUCUCCCUUUGCACCAACACGAAUUCACACUCCUCCCUCGGGCUUCUUCUAUUGACGGCGUGUUUAAGUGCUAUAUGUGUGGUAUCUUUCACCAUGGAUUUGUAUACAGUUGUGUACAAUGUGCUUUGCUAGCCGGUGAAAACCUUUGCUACAUUGACCUAGAGUGCAGUCUGUAUUGGGAAACAAGAGAUCUUAAACAUGAGUCUCAUUCUCACCGCCUCCUCCUUGACGUGGAAUAUGAUGAGCACGUCUGUUGCAAGGGUUGUGGUUCCAAAUUAUAUCUCUGCUUCGAAUUCAGUUGUAAGAGAUGCAACUAUCAUCUUUGCAUAGCCUGUGUAAGAUUACCUCUUACUGCUAGGCACCGGUACGACACGCAUGUUCUGCAGCUCACCUAUGCUGGUAAUGAAAGCAAAGUAGGUUACUACUGUGAGAUAUGUGAAGGGACAAGGGAUCCUGAAAAUUGGUUCUACUACUGCAGACAGUGA